CUUCUACUCUAAUCUUUACCAGGAAAACUGCGAUCCGCGUUGUUCGUCGAUCUAACAAGAAUAUGGGCGCAUUUUUUUUGUUGUUUUAUUUGCGAAACGCCGGUUUUUUUUCUUUAAGUCGGCCCGUUCCCUCGCAUCAGCCCUGGUAUUGUUGUCGACAGACGUAGUCCGAUUGGUGCACGUUUCUCCAACUGGUUUGAUUCAUUUCGGAGCAUUUUUGGAUUGAUUUUAUUUUCUGAUGUAAUACCAUCUCUAUGCCGGAUCAGAACUGCAUCCUAAAUGGUGCUAUGCAGAAUGUUAUCUUCCAUCUUACAGCUGCAGAUAGUCUUGCUCCAGGAUCUGCGAAACUACGAUGUCUUCCUGGCUCACUAAAACUAUACCCUGGAAUCCGUCUCUAGGAAUGCUCCUUACGUCUACUUCUAUUCUUUUAAGUUUCGCGCUGGUGAAGCUUCUUCUGAACCGUUUCUCUCGUCGCUCGCUACCACCAGGGCCACCAGGAAUUCCGCUCCUUGGGAACGUGAAGCAGCUGUCGAGUUCUCUCUGGGUUACCUUUCGGGAUCUCCAGUCAACUUACGGGCCUCUCAUUUACAUAUCCGUCUUCGGGAAGGAUAUCAUCGUUAUUAAUACUCAUGAAGUAGCUUCAGACUUGCUAGACAAACGGGCUCGAAUAUAUUCGGACAGGCCUGAUGCCUACGUAGGUUCAGACGUGCUAUGUGGGGGCCUGGUCAUGGUUCUGGCCAGAGUCGGAGAAAAAUGGCGCAAAAUGAGAAGAGCGGCAGCAGAAGGACUUUCUAAGAAGACCGCACAAGAACUGCAACCUGUUCAGAUCCGCGAGGCUUUAAUGCUGAUUGACGCUAUAAUUGCAAAACCCGAUGACUGGAGCCAUUUGUUUCGAGAGUCCGCGGCCCUUCUAGUCUAUACGCUUACAUAUGGGCUUUCUGCUGGACGAUCCAAGGCCUUUGCCGCCUUACCACAGAUCAACAGCUUUGUUGACCGCCUGGUCACGGCUACAUAUCCAGGUGCUCAUCUCGUAGAUUUCUUUCCGUGGAUGAAACAUCUUCCAAAUUUCAUGACACCAUGGCGGCGCGAAGCUGAGUAUUACUUCGGCGAAGAUUCGAAAAUGUUCCAAGGUCUCUAUGAAAAUGUAGAGUCUCUGAUCGCUGAAGGAGAUAGUCAACAGAGUUUUGCAGCGACAUUAAUUACGGAGCAUAGUGAAAGCUGCAGUUUAAGUCGGUUAGAGUCCUCCUGGUUGUCAGGAACAAUGUAUGCCGCAGGAACCGAAACGACAUCCGGGACUCUCACAUGGUUUGUUCUGGCGAUGACUAUGUACCCGGACGUGCAGAAACGUGCGCAUGAAGAAAUUGACGCCGUAGUAGGGAGGGAUCGUCUACCGACAUUUUCUGAUAUGGAUCGAUUACCAUUCAUUCAAGCUAUCAUUCGCGAGACCCUUCGCUGGAACCCUGUGAGCCCAAUUAGCAGUCCUCAUCGUACUAUGGAGGACGACUAUUAUAACGGCUGGUACAUACCAAAGGAUACCAUUGUCCUUCCCAACGUCUGGGCAAUGAACCGAGAUAAGUCUGUCUACGGUCCCGACGCUGAUGAAUUCAAUCCGAGCCGUCAUCUCGAUGCAAGUGGGACCAUUCUGCAAACGUUUCCAAAUACAAAAGGGGAGGGACACGGAAGUUGGGGCUUUGGAAACCGACUUUGUCUUGGACGAUUUGUCGCAAAAGAUUCAUUGUUCAUCAACGUCGCCUUGAUUUUGUGGUCUUUCAGCAUCGCUUCCACCUCCAAGAACCCUCCCAAAGAUGAAUUCGUGAAUACUGGGCUCAUCGUCCGGCCAGCUCAUUUCGAGUGCAAGUUUGAGCUUCGAUUCCCAGAUGUCCCGUCAUUCAUCAAGGCUCAGUUAUGAAUCCUGCUGCAUGAUGAGGUGGACCAUGUCAAUAUGGGAGAUCGGCGUUGAGAAACAGGCUGGGAAACCAAGGCUUAGAAAAAACUAAUAAAUGUAUUGGACUGAAGUAGAUACUUAUUCUGACAUGAUUAUGCCUCGUGGACUAGUAAGGCGGAUGAGGAGG